UACACAUAUUGGAAGAAAAAAAAACAUGAGAUUAAUCUCAAAUCAUGUUAUUUAGUACCAACAUCAUAUUUGUCAGUAAAAAGAGUAAAGUAAAAAAAAUGCAAAGAGAAAUGUUCCAUCCAUUACAGACUGACUCCAUAUGACGGUUCCUUAUCCAUAUCAAACGCGACGUAUGUACGUUGUCCUCUCAGCUCUAUUUUUCGAUAUUGUUCGCUUUCGCGCCCUAACAGCAACCAAACCUCCAAAAGAGCGAUACAAUAAUCAAAACCACUACUUUCUCGUAUCCCCAGCGAAUCUCGAACAAAAAACCUCAUCUCGAGUAGAAACAAAAACUAGAGAAAUCACCAUGAGGUGAAAUGGAAUCACAAUAAAAACAUUCAUAUACAUGCAACCGAAAACUCGCUCCAAUCGACGACGCCGCCGUCUUAGAGAGCGUGUGUGCAUCUCCGCGAGUAGUUUCUCGCUCUUGCGGAGCGGGCGCGCGCGCGAGGCCCACGGUAUUGGAGUUGAAAUCUUCGACUCAAGCCUGGCUCCGCGGUUGCCUGCCUGCUGCCCGCUGUAUGUACUGUUAUUACGGAACGUCGCGGCGGGGCCCUCUCGAAGACGCCGCGGAUAAAUGUGAUUUAGUACAACGUUAACAGUUCGUCGCAUCGGUACACUUUCGUCGCGUCGUUUCUUCGCUCAAAGCCGGGUUCGGUCGUCAUCCAUCGUUCAAUCAACAACCGGGUUAGCAGUCGUCACAGUGACUCACUACGACUGGUUCGCGAGUUACAAACCCUUUAAAGAUUUCCACAUACCGUCCGGAAUCGGGGACAAACCAGCUCGUGAGUGUGAUAACAAACUUUAACUGGCAAGCUCAGUUCAGUAAACCGAACGGUGCAUCGAAAAUGACCGACCGAUGAGUAUGAAUCUCCAGUGAAAAGGAAAAAAAUCUCUCCAGCAAUUAUAUCUGUGAUAAAAGUGAAACAAAAGCAAUGAAGUAAGAAGAUUUCAGCCUCGAAAUAAGAGUGUUUGUAUGUGUGCAUAUUGGAAUUGUUAUUACGGUAGUCGUUCUGCGUAGCAGCAGCGCAGCGAAAAGUGCCAAAAAUUCUCCAGCUGAAGCUAUGAUAUCAGUGAAACGUUGCACAGCUACCAGUCUCAGUGCCAGUCAUCAUCAUCAUCAUCAACAGCAACAUAAUCCACCACAGCACAACGGUCACAGCCUUGGCAACCACCAAAGCUCAACGGUACAAAUUCGCAGCAGUAGCGCGGGUCGUGCUGCCAGCAGCACUGGUUGUGGUGGUGGAAGUGGUGCCAACAAUAACCGUCUAAUCCGAAGCCGGAACAGUGCAUACAGCAUAGGCGGUUGUGGUGGUGGUGGUGGUGCUUACACGAACGGGUACUCUUCCGGUGGAUCCCCCGGAGGAGGACCGACCAACGGAUUCUCGGCCUUCCUAGGCAACGGUAGCAGCUCCAGUCUGUACCACAGUACUAGCAAUAACAGUGUGCUGGGAUCGAAGAGUCGUAGUAACAUCGGUGGUGAUUUCUAUGAGUUUGACAGUUUGUUUCUGGUGCCAAAAUGUGCGCUUACCUACGAUAAGGCGAUGAGCCUGCGGAAGGAUCUGGCGGCGUACGAUUUCAACAUUCGGAUCCUGGAGGAUACCCCCAAGGGGAACGUGUGGAUAUGUAAGUGUCCGGAAUUCUACGAGAGCUGUUGUCAAUCUGUGGAGAGUACGGCAACACUGCCGCUGUCAAAUGUCGCAAUCAAUCAAGUUAAUGAUAAGUUUUAA